AUGGAUGUUUCUUCCACUUCCGAUGAUGAAAUAACCCUCUUGCGCACUUGGGCCCUGACUGUCACUCAUGUGGCAUGUGAUUAUACGGAACAGAAAUUCAAUGCAGAGAAGACAGGAGGAGACCCAGUUAUACCUUCUCCAAACCUAGACACUGAUCUGGUGAUGGCUUGUGAUCAAUUGGUUGAUCGGCUCAUAAAGGCAUAUAAAAAUCCCAUUCAGAUGCCGAUUGAUAUUGCAAGAUAUAGCAAAUUGAUCUCCCCAAAGGACACGGGGCGUAAUGAAGAGAGAGAGGAAAAGUUGCUUGAGAGGUGUCCUCCUGGCCAUGAGGGCACAAAGUUGAUCGACAUACCCGCGACAAUUCUUGAUGCAUCCGGUGCCAUCAUCGCAUGGUACCUCCCAGACGCCUUGACCGAUGCCACCCAGAAUGAAAUUUGGGCGGCCUCGGAUUUGCUAGCUCCCAUGCUCGAACAAAGCAUAAAGCUCGAUGGGAUUUGGCGGACUAAUCAACAGUGGUUCACACCAAGCUCGGAAAAUGAUGUCCUAACUCCCGGAUGCGUUAAUUUAUCUCCGGCAUGGUUUCAGCAGGGGCACGAGAAUCAGUCCGAUCCGGAGGUAUCUGCAUCAUUGAAGGGACCAUCCUCCGAGAACAUCCUCAAAGCCAUUGCGAGGCCAGCAGCCAUUGCCACAGCGGCACUCAGGGUGAUGCAUCCUGAGCAGUACUGGGCAGGGUUGCAAGCCUUUGCGAGCCUCGGAGAAAAGGCACGAAGCAAGGAACUGCCGAAGAUGUCAGAGACUCUCCAGUACUGGGCAACGGUGUUUAACAGCCUCACCAGUCAUAUGCAAUCGGGAAACCCCGAAUCAUCGAGACCCCUCAUCGAUUUCCGAAUGCUUCGAUAUUCUCACUAG